AUGGGUGUUGGCGUUGGCGAGGCCGGUGGUAGCCCACCGUCCCACUCAAUUAUUUCCGAUUUGUUUGCCAAGCACGAACGAGCCGGAGCGCUGGCUUUAUACUCGAUGGGAAUUCCUCUAGGUAUCAUGGCUGCGUUCUUUACCUCCGCGGCGUUGCUCAGUAAAACUGAGCUGGACUGGCGGCUGGUAUUUUUUGCCAUCGGUCUACCGGGUAUCGCGCUCGCGUUGCUACUCAAAUGGGUUGUAGCAGAACCUCGACGAGGCGCUAUGGAGCCACCCACCUCGGCGACAGUCUCGACCAACAUGGGCUUUACCGACGCACUUAGAACGUUGCUGCGCAUUCCCAGUUACUGGGCUAUGUGCUUAGGUAUCUCGUUUGCCAGUUUUCUGGCCUACGCCGUCAGCGCUUUCAUGGUAGUUUUUCUAACUCGCCAAUACCCUGAAGUACCUGUCGCCAGGCUCUUGAUUUGGCUGGGCGUUGCGCACGGGUUGGCUUAUGCCGGGGGCACUUAUCUCGGCGGGGUGGUUGCAGACCGCUGGGGCAACAUUUCCAAAGCCGGUUAUGCUUUAACCCCAGUGGUUGCGCUCGUCGUCGGCCUGCCCUGCUUGCUCGGUACAUUGUGGGUCGAUAAUCUAACCGUCGCCUUGCUGCUAUUGUCCAGCUAUCUUUUUGCGAUUGGUUUCUACCUGGGUCCAUCAUUCUCCGUCGCACAAACCCUCGCACCAGUAUCAAUCCGAGCCACGUCCACCGCAAUUUUCUUCUUCGUUCUCAACAUGAUUGCUCUGGGUGGCGGACCAAGCACGGUUGGCUGGAUCAGCACAACACUAUCGACCAGCUACAGCCCAACAGAAGCGCUGCGUCUGGCAAUGACCACCUCAACGGUCGCCGGCAUCGUUGCGAUCGGCUGCUUUGUUUGGGCUGCCAUCAAGCUACCGAAGGACUGGGAGCUAGCCGAGCAACGAAUGAGAGGAAGCGAUAGCUCCUGA